AUGCCCAACCCAUUUCAAUCGUUUUCGUCGGUCCGUCCAAAACAGCACAAACAGACCUUCGACGAGUUGUACGGCGAGCCUGAGAACUUCCUGGAACUGGAGGUGACCAACCCGAUCACCCACGGCAACAGCUCGACGCACAUGUACACCGAUUACGAGAUAGUAUGCCGCACCAAUAUCCCCGCGUUCAAGAAAAAGUACAGCAAAGUGCGCAGACGGUUUAGCGACUUUGACUCGUUCCGCAAGGUGCUGCAACAGGAAACCACCCGCGUGGUUAUUCCGAAACUGCCAGACAAGUCGAUUCUGAACUACAACAACCGGUUCAACGACGACUUUAUCGAGGAGCGUCGCCAGGGCCUGGAGAAAUUCCUCAAUGUAGUGGCCGGACACCCUUUGCUCCAGACAGGGAGCCCAACGCUGAUCCGGUUCAUCCAGGACGAGAAGUGGAGAUAA